AGGCUUCCGUACAGGUAUCGCCAUUUUCAAGCGCCCUCUUUCAAAAUGGCAGCUAGAAGGAAGUUUGCAGUGAGGCGGACGUGAAGUUCUAACUUAAGGACCUUAGCGCAACUUCCGGUCUGCUUACAAGAUGGCUGCGACCAGUGGUGGCUUCCAACCUCGUGAGCGGCGUUUUUCAGUGCAGGAACAGGACUGGGACCCUGCGCCGCCUAAGAGACCCCGGCUUGGGGCAGGAAGCAAGUGUGGAGGCCGUAGGCUCAUUGUGGUGUUGGAAGGGGCCAGUCUGGAGACAGUCAAGGUAGGGAAAACUUACGAGCUACUCAACUGUGACAAGCACAAGUCCAUGUUGUUGAAGAAUGGACGGGACCCAGGGGAAGUCAGACCAGACAUCACCCACCAGAGCUUGCUGAUGCUUAUGGACAGCCCCCUGAACCGAGCUGGCUUGCUCCAGGUUUAUAUCCACACACAGAAGAAUGUGCUCAUUGAAGUGAACCCCCAGACUCGGAUUCCUAGGACCUUUGACCGAUUUUGUGGCCUCAUGGUUCAGCUUUUACACAAACUGAGCGUCCGAGCAGCUGACGGCCCUCAGAAGCUUUUGAAGGUAAUUAAGAAUCCAGUGUCUGACCACUUCCCAGUUGGCUGUAUGAAAAUUGGCACUUCCUUUUCUGUUGAGGACAUCAGUGACAUUCGAGAGUUGGUGCCCAGUAGUGACCCAGUUGUUUUCGUAGUGGGGGCCUUUGCCCAUGGCAAGGUCAGUGUGGAGUACACAGAAAAGAUGGUGUCCAUCAGCAACUACCCACUCUCUGCCGCGCUGACCUGUGCUAAAGUUACCACAGCUUUUGAAGAAGUAUGGGGCGUCAUUUGAGAACAGCAGUGCCUGGCUCUCAGACAGGAAGGACUCUUGGCGUUGUCUGUUGCCUCCUAAGAUCUGCUGGAAGAUAAUCUUCUGUACCAAGAAGGCAGAGUGGGGAGCCAAUGCUGUAUAUUUGUUUUUUGUUUUUCCUAUAAAGAGUUUUUUUUUUUUUUUUUUUUUCAGACCUGAUUGUUUUGAGGUUUCUUAAACUCAGCAGUACAUGGUAGUGUAAACUGUUCGCCUUAGAUUCAGGCAUUCCAGACUUUGAUUUCCUAGAUUUCUGUGGCUCUCAAGGAGACCCUGAUGACCUCAGCUUUCGCAAGCACAGAAGAGUAUGUAUGAAAGAAAGCAGUCUAGGAUGCUAGCAGUGAAAAACUGAACAAACAGAAGUGAUUUUAUCUGGUAUAGUUCCAAGAUAGAAAAAGUGGAGCAGGCAGGGCCUUGUACCCUCCCCUCCCCCCAUGGGGGGGUGGCGGUAUCGGCACAUAUACAAUCGUAGUAGAUUGGCAGAAGAGAAACAACAGAUUCCUGGCUAGAGGGGAGAGAUAAGGCAACGUGCAUGGGGGAGUCCAAAGGGGGUGCAGCCCCUUUGCUCCUCCCACAAGAGCUUCCCCUUUGGCUGUCGCAGAGGCACAGCCGGGAGUACUGUGACUUCCAGCUCCUGGUGUCUCUGCUCCGGGGUGAGGAGUGCUGUGAGAAGGGAGACAAGUAGUUUCUGCACCAGUCCAGCUCUCGGCCACCUACAAGGCAAGGGGUGUGGUCAGGAGGGUGUCCUUACUAACAAGGAAAGUAGAACCCACGGGCUGGAGAGCUGGCUCAGCGGUUAAGAGCACUGACUGCUCUUCUAAAGGUCCCGAGUUCAAUUGCCAGCAACUACAUGGUGGCUCACAACCAUCUGUAAUGAGAUCUGAUGCCCUCUUCUGUGUAGCUGAAGAAAGUGACAGUGUACUCAUACACAUAAAAUAAAUAAAUCUUAAAAAACAACAACAAAAAA